GCGCGGCGGAGCGGCCCGGGCCGGCCGAGCAGCCACGGGCGCGGGGAUGCCGGGCGCCGGGAGAGCCGAGGUCCCCGGCUGGAGUUGGGGGCGCCCGCGCAGCCAGCCCCGCUGACACCGCCUCGGACGAUGUGAGCCGGCGCCGCCGCCUCUGCUUAGCGGGCUGGGCGCGCGGUCCCAGCGGCCCCGGCCGGCCUCUGCUUUUCUAAUUUGGGUGGGGGCGACCGCACCAGGCCGCCCGGGCUUGCGAAGGGGGAGCUGGCUGCCUUCGACAGCUUGAUUGGGGGAGGCGACCCACACAGGGCGCUCGGAGAUUCCCCCCCCCCUUUUUUUUUUUUUAAACAAGGUUAACUGUUUUUUGGCAGCUUGAUUUCUGGGAGACCCUAAAGAAGGCCUUUCGGGAUUUCUUUCUUCGGGGGAGGGGGCGGUGGUCCUGACUUGGCCAGCCGCCUGCUGGAGGGGGGCAGCGGGGAGCUGGGGGAUGCGAACCCGGCUCCCCCCACCAUGAUGAAGACGGAGCCUCGGGGGCCCGGGGGGCCCCUCCGGAGCGCCUCCCCGCACCGCAGCGCCUAUGAAGCGGGCAUCCAGGCGCUGAAGCCGCCUGACGCGCCCGGGCCCGACGAGGCACCCAAGGCGGCCCACCACAAGAAAUAUGGCUCCAACGUCCACCGCAUCAAAAGUAUGUUCCUGCAGAUGGGCACCACCGCGGGGCCGCCGGGCGAGGCGGGCGGCGGCGGGGCCAUGGCCGAGGCCCCGCGGGCGUCCGAGCGCGGCGUGCGCCUGUCCCUGCCGCGGGCCAGCAGCCUGAACGAGAACGUGGACCACAGCGCCCUGCUCAAGCUGGGCACCAGCGUGUCGGAGCGCGUGAGCCGUUUCGACUCCAAGCCCGCGCCCUCGGCGCAGCCCGCACCGCCGCCGCACCCGCCGUCCCGGCUGCAGGAGACGCGGAAGCUGUUCGAACGGAGCGUCCCCGCGGCCUCGGGGGGCGACAAGGAAGCCGCGGCGCGGCGGCUGCUGAGGCAGGAGCGCGCUGGCCUGCAGGACCGGAAGCUGGACGUCGUGGUGCGCUUCAACGGCAGCACCGAAGCGCUGGACAAACUGGAUGCUGACGCCGUGUCGCCGACCGUCAGCCAGCUCAGUGCGGUCUUCGAAAAAGCCGACUCGAGGACCGGCCUCCAUCGGGGACCUGGUCCCGCCCGGGCCGCGGGGGCGCCCCAGGUCAACUCCAAGCUAGUCAGUAAGCGGUCCCGGGUGUUCCAGCAGCCGCCGCCGCCGCCCACCUCGUCCGCGGAUGCCCCGAACGAGAAGGAGCGUGGCCCUGGAGGGCAGCAGCCCCCGCAGCACCGAGUGGCUCCUGCCAGGCCGCCCCCCAAGCCCCGGGAGGUGCGCAAGAUCAAGCCGGUGGAGGUGGAGGAGAGCGGGGAGUCCGAGGCCGAGUCGGUCGCUGGGGAAGUGAUCCAGGCGGAGGUGAUGGUUCAUGCAGCCUUGGAGAACGGCAGCAGCUCGACCACCGCAGCCAGCCCCGCACCCGAGGAGCCCAAAGCCGAAGCGGUCCCCGAGGAGGAGGAGGCGGCGACGACAGUGGCGACGCCGGAGAGGGGGGUGGACAAUGGCCGGGCCCCGGACGUGGCCCCUGAGGAGGUGGAUGAGUCCAAGAAGGAGGACUUCUCGGAAGCGGACUUGGUGGACGUGAGCGCCUACAGUGGGCUCGGGGAGGACUCAGGGGGAAGUGCCCUGGAAGAGGACGAUGAGGAAGAUGAAGAGGACGGGGAGCCCCCCUAUGAGCCAGAGUCUGGGUGUGUGGAGAUUCCCGGGCUCUCCGAGGAAGAGGACCCGGCCCCGAGCCGGAAGAUCCAUUUCAGCACUGCACCUAUCCAAGUGUUCAGCACCUACUCCAAUGAGGACUACGACCGGCGCAAUGAGGAUGUGGAUCCUAUGGCGGCCUCUGCAGAAUAUGAACUAGAGAAGCGUGUGGAAAGGUUGGAGCUAUUUCCUGUGGAGCUGGAGAAGGACUCUGAGGGCCUGGGCAUCAGCAUCAUCGGCAUGGGAGCUGGAGCCGACAUGGGCCUGGAGAAGCUGGGCAUCUUUGUCAAGACUGUGACUGAGGGUGGUGCAGCCCAUCGGGAUGGCAGGAUCCAAGUGAAUGAUCUACUAGUGGAGGUGGAUGGAACAAGUCUGGUGGGAGUAACCCAGAGCUUCGCAGCCUCUGUGCUCAGGAACACCAAGGGCCGAGUGCGGUUCAUGAUUGGCCGGGAGCGGCCUGGAGAACAGAGUGAAGUGGCCCAGCUAAUUCAGCAGACCUUGGAGCAGGAACGAUGGCAGCGGGAGAUGAUGGAGCAGAGAUAUGCCCAGUAUGGGGAGGAUGAUGAGGAGACUGGAGAGUAUGCCACUGAUGAGGAUGAAGAACUGAGCCCCACAUUCCCAGGGGGUGAAAUGGCCAUCGAGGUGUUUGAGCUAGCAGAGAACGAGGAUGCCCUGUCCCCUGUGGAGAUGGAGCCUGAAAAACUGGUGCACAAAUUCAAGGAGCUCCAGAUCAAGCACGCUGUGACUGAGGCUGAGAUCCAGCAGCUUAAGCGGAAGCUGCAGAGCCUGGAGCAGGAAAAGGGGCGCUGGCGGGUAGAGAAGGCCCAACUGGAACAGAGUGUGGAAGAGAACAAGGAGCGCAUGGAAAAGCUGGAAGGCUACUGGGGUGAGGCCCAGAGCCUGUGCCAGGCUGUGGAUGAGCACCUUCGGGAAACUCAGGCUCAGUACCAGGCCCUGGAACGCAAGUACAGCAAGGCCAAGCGCCUCAUCAAGGACUAUCAGCAGAAGGAGAUUGAGUUUCUGAAAAAGGAGACUGCUCAGCGUCGGGUUCUGGAGGAGUCAGAGCUGGCUAGGAAGGAAGAAAUGGACAAGCUUCUGGACAAGAUCUCAGAACUGGAAGGAAACCUGCAAACACUGAGAAAUUCCAAUUCUACUUAACAGGAAUCACUCCUUAACCGGACAAUAAUAGUCCCUUCCCGUUAUCCUCACCCUCCUGUCCUCAAUACCCCAUCCUACCCCUACCAGCCUGGGGACAGGUGCCCCAACUCUCCCCACUCCUCCACCCCACCUCCCCCAGCUUCAGGGACCAGAGGGCCCAUAUCACAGGCCUCUUUAAGGUGGCCCGGGCAGACAGUGGUGGCUGGAAGGGUGGCCUCCUCAUCCCAUGGGGCUGAGGCACAGAGGCCUUAGGGAAGCCGAGAACUGGCCUGGGUGUGGAUGGACACAAGGACCUGCAGACCAAACUGCCAGACUUUACAACCUCCAGCCUUUGUCUCUGGACCGGAGUGGAGCUGGGACUCUCCCAGCAUCUCAUCACCUGGAGGCUGCUCCCUGCCUGCAGGGCUCCACCGGCCCCUGGACCUCUUGACUUGAGAGUCUACCUUCUUGGCCCUUUUCUCUUUCCUAUCAUUGUCCUGUCUGUUUCAUUCUGACCUCCUGCUUGGAGGGGUUGCCUCAACACCUCCCAUUCCUGCUCUGAAUCCCAGGAGGGAUAGAGCCCACCCUUGAGCCGGAGGCUGGCCCUGCACUGACUUCUCAUGUAUCCUUGGGGGCGGCGGGGAGAGUGGGAAUAGGAAAAAGGGAGAGUCCAGAACACCUGGUGGCCAGCUCCUCUUUCCUAGAAAGGGCAACAGCCCUCAACUUCUCCUUGUGCCUCCCCUCUCCCAGGUGCCAAAUAGCCAUAGACUCUUCCUGGAACCAUCCUGCAGCCACUCUGGGGUUCAGGUUUCCUUGGCUAAGCCUGGGAAUGCCAGGAGGGAGGGAGGUCAGUAUAGGUGGUACACCUGCACUGCAGAGCUCUCACUUGAGAGCUAGGCCCUGCUAGGGCCACACCUGGAAGCCUUGUACUAACAGAGACAGCCUCCCCCCCGCUUCCCCCAACUAUUUUCCACUGUUUUCACUGGAGGGCAAAAUUUUAUUACUCAUCUUUUUGGAGACCAGGGCUGCAUGCAAGCAGCCCGCUUUCUAAGUGAAAUUGACUCUGUUUACCCACUUUAACCCCAAAUUGGGGCUUGGACCAAGGGAGGUGAGACCCCCCUCAGGUACCCUCCCCUUUCAAAAUCCAUCUCAUUUUGCCAUUUCCUUGUACCGGUUCCUAAGUCUGGGUUUCUGUUCAUUUUUUAAAAAACAACCCUGUUCCAUCGGUUUUGGCUUUUCCUAGUCCCCUGUAAAUAGACCAUACACAUCGAUCAGUAUUUCUUGCCCUUCCCUUCUGCCCCCUCCCAACCCCCAGACGUGCCCCGACAGCCCCAAAAGAGCUGGCUGUCACAGUGCCCAACCCCUGUACUUCACCCCCAGCAGAUGGAGGGGGGGCAGGGCCUCGAUGUGCUUUGGUCUCUGCUGGCAGCAUCUCUGCCCCACCUUGGAGGACCCCGUCUCUGUAUAUAAUAUAUAUAUAUAUAUGUACGUAUUGUUCCUGGUUUUGUACGGACCAUGCCCUCUGUCAGGUCGUCCCCAUAAAAGCAGCCCCCAGAG